CAUGGCUCAAUUUGAGCGUGACGGCGCUUCUGCACUUUAAUUAAUAUUCAUGAGCCAAAUCUCCGCCUCAGUUUAAAUACCACAGAGUUUAACGGUCUUCUGACUGAUGCUGCAGCGGCGUUUCAACGACUAACAGAAAUCAGCUCCUCUCUUCCCCAAACAUUUGGUCGAGUUAGAGACUCUCAGAAACAUUUACUCAUUAAAUGAGUCUUCUGUUAAGAUUUAAAACAAAUAUAAAAGCUGUAGGUAACUUUUGAAGACGAUCAUCUUGUCAUUUCGUCUAACGGAGGGUGAAGAUGGUGAAGUACGGUCUUUUGUCUAAGAACAAUGAGCCAGUGCCUCUGAAGAGCAUCUCAGUGGAGGUUCGGGUUCAGGAUCAUGUAGCCACAGUCUCCUCCACUCUGCAGUAUGUGAAUGAGGAAGAGCGCCCCCUGGAGGCCUUGUUCGUCUUCCCUCUGCCUGCUGAUGCUGCUGUCUGCCACUUCAGUGCCAAGAUCGGAGAGAAGGAGAUUGUGGCAGAGGUCCAAGACAAACAGAGCGCGAGGGAUCGUUAUGAUGAUGCUGUGAGUUCGGGUCAGCAGGCGUUUCUGUUGGAAGAGAGCGCAGAGAGUCCUGAUGUGUUCAGACUGAGUGUCGGGUGUCUGUCGCCGGGUCAGAACGCUGCCGUCACCAUCAUCUACGUCACCGAGCUCGCUGUGCAGGCCGACCACUCACUGCGCUUCUGUCUGCCGGCUGUACUCAACCCCCGAUACACACCAGCAGGUUCAGCUGCUGGUAUAGUCUCAGAGAUUUCAUCAGGAUGUGGAUCUGUUCCCUACACGCUGACUCUCAGUGUCCAUGUGAGCUCUCCAAAGCCCAUCUCCAAACUAGAGUCCAGCUGCACUCUGGAUCCUCUAGUGUUCCUCCACUCUGAUCACACUCAGGCGACGGUGAAUCUGAGUCCUGGUCACAUGUUUGAUAAGGACGUUGAGCUGUUUGUGUACUAUCAGGAUACCCAUCAGCCCUCUGCUAUAGUGGAGGCAGGAGUGAACACUGCCCCAUCAGGCUCUCUGAUGAGGGACCCAGUGGUCAUGAUAAGUUUGUACCCAGAGUUCCCAGAGGAAGUGAUGUCACUGGCAACACAAGGAGAGUUUGUUUUUGUGAUUGACAGAUCAGGCAGUAUGAGCAACACACGGAUAGAAAGUGCAAAGGACACUCUGCUGUUACUGUUGAAGAGUCUGCCCAUGGGAUGCUACUUCAAUAUCUAUGGAUUUGGCUCUCGUUUUGAGUCCUUUUACCCUAAGAGUGUCGAGUACAAUCAGGACACAAUGGAUCAGGCUCUGAAGAGAGUGAAGGAAAUGCAAGCAGACAUGGGAGGCACAGAAAUUUUACAGCCUCUAAAACACAUCUACAGUCAGCCCUGUUACCCCGACCACCCCAGACAGCUGUUCAUCUUCACUGAUGGUGAGGUGGGAAACACUAAAGAGGUGCUGGACCUGGUGAAACAUCAUGUUCACUCUCACAGGUGUUUCUCAUUCGGGAUUGGUGAGGGUGCAAGUACCGCCCUCAUCACAGGAAUGGCCAGGGAGGGAUCUGGUCACGCUCAGUUCAUCACAGACACCGACCGCAUGCAGCCCAAAGUGAUGCAGUCCCUCAGGUUUGCGCUGCAGCCCGCUGUGGUUAAUAUCUCUGUGGAUUGGACCCUUCCAGAUGGCAUUACUGUUGACACACUGUCUGCACCCGUAAAUGUGAUCUUCCAGGGUCAAAGGUCACUCAUUUAUGCCCAACUUAAAGGAGAGAGUUCAGGAGGCUCUGAGGGAACAGUGACAGUCAAAUACAGUCUUAAAGAUCAACCAGUAACAAACCAGCUCCACUUCUGCCUCAAACCAACUGAGGAAACAGGGUUGGCCGUCCACCGGCUGGCAGCUCGUACCCUGAUCCGUUCUCUGGAGCAGAAAGAAAGGGAUGGUGGUGCAAAGAGCAUCAGGAGCAGGAUAGUGGAGCUCAGUGUUCAGGCAGGAGUGAGCAGUGUUCAUACAGCCUUCAUUGCCAUUAAUAAAGACAGCAGACAGACUGUGAAAGGACCCCUGCUGCAGAGAAGAGUGCCGACACACGCCAGACGAUGUGCAGCACCGAUCCUUGGGUCACUGCCAGCAACACAAUCUGUUCAGUCACCGGCCUUUGGAAGCCUUAAUUCAUCACGAGUCCCACGACUUACUUCAAAAAAGACCACUUUUUCAGUGCCAGUUCGACUACUUGGUUCGACAGCUAUCCCUAUUUCACAGCAAGAAUUUUAUGAUGACAUUGCUGCGAGUGAUGCUCCGCAAUGGCCACCAGUGAAGGAAUUUUAUGAUGACAUUGCUGCGAGUGAUGCUCCGCAAUGGCCACCAGUGAAGGCCACUCCUGGUCCCCAGAAGGACCCGUUACUCCAGCUGGUUUCUCUCCAGAAGGCGUCAGGCUGCUGGGAGCUGGACGCCACACUGGCGGAUGUGUUUGGGAAGACGGAGGAUGAGCUGACCAAUCAGAAACCAGCACAGGUGGAUGGGUCAGUAUGGGCCACUCUCCUGGCUCUGAUCUGGUUAUACGGCUGUAAAAUAGACCAGCAGGUCGAGUGGCAGUUUGUGGCCAUGAAGGCAGCGUCAUGGAUCGGCUCUCAGAAAGUGGGCGAUCUGUCUCAGUGUGUGAGUGUGGGUAAUGUCCUGCUCCGAUGUCAGGUGACCAAAGCGACUCUGGGAAUCUGAAGACGUCUGUGUUUCUACUUCCUGUGCCGUCAGAAGAACUGUUGCUGUUUCAUUUUCUGUAACUGAACUCUGCUUCGUGUUUUAUUAACAUUUAGGCCAUUUUAUUAGCUUACCAAAUUGUAACUGUAUGUGACCUGUGGCAUUAUUUUUGAGUCACUCUGACCUAGAAACGCAUUUUGAGUUUUAUGACAUAUGACGUAUUUUUGUAGGCCAAAACCCUGAAGGACUUUGAAUGGGUUGAAGGACCCCAGUGGGUCUUUGAAUGGGUUUUUGGUUAAAUGCCGAACUGGUAAACUCAUCUAGUCACUAGUCCGCUUUCACAGCAUUGUUGUGUUUAUAAUCACAUUAUCAUAUGUAAUUAUAAUUUUAACUUAAAUUUUUAGGGAAAAUAUUUUUAAACAAAGACUGGACGAGUUGUCAGAAGCUUAGUGAUGGUGACGUUAAAGUCAUGUGACCAUGGUGUAGUUCGUUUAUAGCCUACCUUUAGCUUUUUACUUCUGCCGAUUGUAUUUACACUUUAAGAUUCAUAAAGUUGUGAAGAUUAUCACAAUGAACAAAACAUUAAGAAUCAUGAGCUUUUGUUAGUCACAGACCAUAUUUUCUGAAAUAAUUCAAAAGCCAAUAGAAAAAUGCUAUCGGGUUUUUGAGGAGGGAAUCAGGAUUUAGGGGGGUAAUAAUCUGGUGUGGGUGGGGGGUUAGAAUUGGGCACAAACAGGUGUACCUUGUUCUGAAAUAUUUGGUGGCACUGGGCGGAGCAUACAUGAAUAUUCAUGAGACUCCUGUUUAAUGCUAAAGUGAAAAUAUUAGUACAUGUUCUCUGGAUUUCAACAAAGUAAUUGUUUCAGCACUGAAUGGAGUUAAGCUUAGAGUGCAAUUGUUUAUCUAUGCAUGUUGUGUUGAAGGGAUAGUUUGCCCAAAAAUGAAAAUUCUGUCAUCAUUUACUCACUCUCAAGUCGUUCCAUAAAAAGAAUGUCUUUGUUCUGCU